AUGAAGCAACCAGGAGUCUUAUCACUGGUGCUACUACUACUACUCACAGUAACAACCACAUUCAUUAAUGCUCAAGUAUCAGUGGAAUUCCCAUUCGAUCAACAAUUGCCCGAUGUUGCAAGAGUAGGUCAACCUUAUAGUUUCACUAUGGCACCAAAUACUUACAAAUCAGACAUUGCCGGUGCUGUCGUCAAUUAUAGUGUUCAAAAUUUACCCGAUUGGUUAUCAUUCGAUCCAGCUUCUACAACUUUCUCUGGUACUCCAUCAGUAGGGGGAGAAUUCCAAAUUGUCCUUAUUGGUACUGAUUCUGUUGAUGGAACUACUUUGAGUAAUAGUUAUAACAUGAUGGCAAGUCAAGAUCCAGGCCCAAAGUUAGCCUCUGAUACUAUUAUGGUCCAAGAAAUUCAAAAAUAUGGAGGUACUGAUGGUAAUGGUGGAUUAGUUGUUUCUGAAGGUCAAGUAUUGAAUAUUCAAUUUGAUAAAAGUGUAUUUGUUUCCAAUGAGGGAAGUCAAAACCCAAUUGUCGCUUAUUAUGGUAGAUCUUCAGAUCGUACUCCCUUACCUGUUUGGAUUACUUUUAAUGCUGAUGAUUUGUCAUUCACUGGAACUGUUCCUCAAGCUACUUCUGAAAAUGCCCCCUCUGUUGCAUUCACUUUCAGUCUUAUUGCCAGUGAUUAUUAUGAUUUCGCUGGUGCUGAAGGUCUCUUUAGAUUACAGGUUGGUGCUCAUCAAUUGAGUACUAAUAUCGACCUGCCAAUUUUAAUUAAUGCAACCGCAAAUGAACAAAUAGACGAAGAUAUUCCAGUAUUAACCAAUGUUAUCUUAGAUGGACAACCAAUUUCCAAAGAAAAUGUCGGUAAUGUAAGCUCCUCAGAUUUACCAUCAUAUUUGAACUUAGAUACGGAAAAUUUUAAACUUACAGGUACAUUACCAGCUGAUUUCACUGAUGUUAAAUUCACAAUUAAAAUUCAAGAUAUUUAUCAAAAUGAUGUUGAUUUAGCAUUUGAAGUUAAAAAUACCGAGGAAUUAUUUGCAAUUAAUCAAUUACCUAAUGUUAAUGCAACUAAAGGGGAAUUCUUUGAUUAUCAAUUAGAAGAUAGUUUUUUCACUAACCAUGACCAAACCACAGUUACAAUUGAACAAUAUGAUGCCAGUUGGUUGACUUAUCAUCAAGAUAAUAAGACUUUUACCGGUAUUGUACCAGAUGAUUUUGAUAAAUUAGAUUUGACUAUCGUUGCUGAACAUAAUGGAAUUACCCAAACCAAAGGAUUAUCUCUUCUUGGUAUUAACAAAGAAGUAUUAAUCACAACUUCAUCCAGUGAAUCAUCUUCCUCAACCAAAGCUUCUUCAACUUCCCACACAUCAAGCAGUGCCACAACCACAAGUGCCACCACCACUUCAUCAGAACCAUCUGCUACCAACACUUCAGAACCAUCCAAGGAACCCGAAGCAAAAGAUACAGCCCUCCCAUUAAAGAUCGGACUCGGAGUAGCCAUCCCUGUCGCGGUAGCUAUCUGUGCCAUCCUUGUAUUCUUCUUCUGUAUCAAACGCAAAAAGUCCACCGACAAAGAUCAAGAUCUCGAAAAGAAUGACCAAGGAGGAAAUCAACCAAGUCCUUAUAUGCCACCUACUAUUUCUGGACCUCAGAAUGUGCAUAGUUCAGCCAUGAAUUUUGCCAAAAUGGAUCAAGUCAAGACUACUGCUCCUGACACCAAGUCAACCUCGUCUUCGAUUACUCAUGUUGAGAGCGAUUAUGGUGAUGAUGAAGUAGUAGAAGGGUCGAGUCAUGAACAUACUGCCAUCCCAGUUGAACAGCCUAUUAAAUCAUGGAGAGCUAAUAGUGAAUCAGAUUAUAAGAAUGGAGAUAUGUAUAAUAAUACUAAUAGGAGUAAAGAUAAUAGAGUAAGUGCCGGAUCUAUGGAUACUGUCAAUACCGAACAAUUAUUCAGUGUUAGAUUAGUGGAAGAUCCCGAAUAUAGAAACUCAGUAGCUUCCAGUCAUUAUUUAUUAAACAAUGAUGCUCAUUACGCCAACGACAAUAUUCAACGAUUAGACAGUGACGGAAACAUAAUUGCCACAUUAAAUGGAAGACCCCCAUCCGGUUCAUACAUGUUAUACCAAGACCAACAACAACAACAACGAUCUGGCCCCCAACCAAAAUCAAACAAUCCUUUCCUUAAGAACGCCACAAGUGAAGGGAGUAUCGGCAAUCUAUUAGCCCAAGUCAAUGAACAAUCCAGCAGCACCACCAUGUCUUCAUCCGCCAGCUACACCACCAAUAAUGACGACGUGGUUGAAUCGCGUUGGCAACAAGAUCAAGACCAUAGUCCACUUCCAAACCCCACCUUCAGAGACGAUCAGAGUUCAUAUUAUGAAACACCAAUCCCAUCGGCUCCGGCUUCAAGUACGAGGGAGAAUUUCUUUGUGCAUGAUGAUGGGGGGAAUAAGAAUGGGGCAAAGUUGGUUGAAUUUACUAGAAAGGGGAGUUUAAAACAGGCGGCGAGGGCAAAUCCGUUUGGAUAUAGAGAAGAGAGGGCCCAGAUUCAGGAUGAUGAUAGUGAUUGA